GCACCGGCCAAGCAGAGCUUCUGGUAGUGGGAGCUGCACCUCCGCCGCAGUCUGUACUCUGCCGCCGCCUCUCUUCUUUCUCCUGACCAGCACACCUGACAGACAGCGAGUCUUCAAGGCCAAGGAGGGUUCCUUCUCGUUUAUUUUCUACAUAAUCAGAGGGGGGUACUAGAAACCCUAACAAGGCGUGAUGAUGGCUGUCGAAACCCAAGCGCAGUACAGCACCUCCUAUAUGAUGGACGAGGAACACCAGUACAUGACGCCAGAGGAUGAGUGGGACAGGGACCUACUGCUGGACCCCGCCUGGGAGAAACAGCAGAGAAAGACUUUCACAGCUUGGUGCAACUCCCACUUGAGGAAGGCAGGGACACAGAUCGAGAACAUCGAGGAUGACUUCAGGAAUGGCCUCAAGCUCAUGCUGCUGCUGGAGGUCAUCUCAGGUGAGAGACUGCCCAAACCUGACAAAGGCAAGAUGCGUUUCCACAAGAUCGCCAACGUGAACAAAGCCCUGGACUUCAUCUGCAGCAAGGGAGUCAAGCUGGUGUCCAUCGGAGCUGAGGAGAUCGUCGACGGUAACACGAAGAUGACCCUGGGAAUGAUCUGGACCAUCAUCCUGCGCUUCGCCAUCCAGGACAUCUCCGUAGAGGAGACCUCUGCUAAGGAGGGUCUUCUUCUGUGGUGCCAGAGGAAGACUGCCCCCUACAGGAACGUUAACGUUCAGAACUUCCACAUCAGUUGGAAGGAUGGCCUGGCACUGUGUGCCCUGAUCCACAGACACAGACCUGACCUCAUUGACUACUCCAAACUGAGAAAGGAUGACCCCAUUGGUAACCUCAACACUGCCUUUGAGGUGGCUGAGAAGUACCUGGACAUCCCCAAGAUGCUUGACGCUGAAGAUAUUGUGAACACCCCCAAACCUGAUGAGAAGGCCAUCAUGACCUACGUUUCCUGCUUCUACCACGCCUUCGCUGGUGCUGAGCAGGCUGAGACAGCAGCUAACAGGAUCUGUAAAGUGCUGGCUGUGAACCAGGAGAAUGAGAAACUCAUGGAGGAGUAUGAAAAGCUGGCCAGUGAGCUGCUGGAGUGGAUCCGCAAAACCAUCCCGUGGCUGGAGAACCGCACAGCGGAGCAGCACAUGAGAGCCAUGCAGCAGAAGCUGGAAGACUUCAGGGACUACCGCCGCGUCCACAAGCCACCCCGCGUCCAGGAGAAGUGUCAGCUGGAGAUCAACUUCAACACCCUGCAGACCAAGCUGAGGCUGAGCAACCGGCCCGCCUUCAUGCCCUCCGAGGGAAAGAUGGUCUCGGACAUAGCCAACGCCUGGAAGGGUCUGGAGCAGGUGGAGAAGGGGUAUGAGGAGUGGCUUCUUACUGAGAUCAGACGUCUGGAGAGACUGGACCACCUGGCUGAGAAGUUCAAGCAGAAGUGUUCCCUACACCAGUCCUGGACCUCAGGUAAGGAGGAGCUGCUGUCCAUGAAGGACUAUGAGUCGGCCUCUCUGAUGGAGAUCAGGGCUCUGAUGAGGAAACACGAGGCCUUUGAGUCUGACCUGGCUGCACACCAGGACAGAGUGGAACAGAUCGCUGCUAUCGCACAAGAACUCAAUGAGCUGGACUACCAUGAUGCGUCCUCAGUGAACACCCGCUGCCAGGGCAUCUGUGACCAGUGGGACAACCUGGGUACCCUCACCCAGAAGAGGAGAGACUCCCUGGAGCGUGUGGAGAAACUGUGGGAGACCAUUGACCAGCUUUACCUGGAGUUCGCCAAGAGGGCAGCGCCCUUCAACAACUGGAUGGAUGGAGCCAUGGAGGAUCUGCAGGACAUGUUCAUCGUCCACAGCACCGAGGAGAUCCAUUCUCUUAUCACAGCCCAUGACCAGUUCAAGGCCACCCUGCCAGAGGCUGAUAAGGAGCGCAUGGCCACCAUGGGCAUCCAGAGUGAGAUCGUAAAGAUUGCUCAGACCUACGGCAUCAAGCUAUCAGGAAUCAACCCUUACACCAACCUCUCACCCCAGGACAUCACCAACAAGUGGGAGGCCGUGAGGCACCUUGUUCCUCUCAGGGACCAGAUGCUGCAGGAGGAGGUGGCCAGGCAGCAGGCCAACGAGAGGCUGAGGCGCCAGUUCGCUGCCCAGGCCAACAUCAUCGGACCCUGGAUCCAGACCAAGAUGGAGGAGAUUGGUCAUGUGUCUGUGGACAUUGCUGGGUCUCUAGAGGAACAGAUGAACAACCUGAAGCAGUAUGAACAGAACAUCAUCAACUACAAGUGUAACAUUGACAAGCUGGAGGGAGACCACCAGCUCAGCCAGGAGUCCCUCAUCUUCGAUAAUAAGCACACCAACUACACCAUGGAGCAUAUCCGUGUGGGCUGGGAGCAGCUCCUGACCACCAUCGCCCGCACCAUCAACGAGGUGGAGAACCAGAUCUUGACCCGCGACGCCAAGGGCAUCAGCCAGGAGCAGCUCAACGAGUUCCGUGCCUCCUUCAACCACUUCGACAGGAAGAGAAACGGCAUGAUGGACCCCGACGACUUCCGUGCCUGUCUCAUCUCCAUGGGUUACGAUCUGGGUGAGGUGGAGUUUGCCCGCAUCAUGACGCUGGUGGAUUCCAACAACACAGGCGUGGUCACCUUCCAGGCUUUUAUCGACUUCAUGACCCGCGAGACAGCCGAGACAGACACAGCCGAUCAGGUCAUGGCCUCCUUCAAGAUCCUGGCCUCAGACAAGUCUUACAUCACGGUUGAUGAGCUACGCAGGGAGCUUCCCCCAGAGCAGGCAGAGUAUUGCAUCAGCCGCAUGACCAGGUACAUUGGAGCCGACGGCCCAGCCGGAGCCCUCGACUACAUCUCCUUCUCCAGCGCACUCUACGGAGAGAGUGACUUGUAAACCCUCUCUCCUCCUCCUCCUCCUCCUCCUCCUCUUCUCCUCCCUUUAUCUUCCCUCUCUCCUGUAUGGAGAAAGCGAUUUGUAACCCUCCUCUCCCCCUCCUCUUUCCUCCUUCCUUCCUCUAUCCUCCUCCUUUCAGUCAUCUGAAGUUUCCCUCGUAUUAAACCUUCCCCCAUGUUGUCCACACUGCCCAGAGAGGCUGGGAGGCUUUGCUUAGAUCAAAACUCAGAGACCCACCAUGUCCUGUUUAGGUCUGUCUGGGUAUCUUAAUGUUUAACUGUCAUCCCUCUCUCAAUCAUACUGUCAUCCCUCUCUCAUCCAUACUGUCAUCCAUACUGUUAUCCCUCUCUCAUCCAUACUGUCAUCCAUACUGUCAUCCGUACUGCACCAACAGCCUGCUGAGCCAGAAUUCCUGGUGUCACACGAUAAUCCGUUUCACAUACAAA